AUGUUGAGAUUUAAUUCAUCUAAAUUACUGCAGCUUGGCGGCAAAAGCAAUUUAAGUAGUAACAGUUUCAAACUAUAUAGCAAUAAUAGUAACAAUAACAAUACAAUAUUAAAGACAACAUCAACAUCAACAUCACUAUAUAGUUAUAACAAAAGUUUAUUUAAAAAUGUUCAAAAUAAUAAUAAUCUUUAUUUAUCAUCAUACUUUUCAACAACAACAACAACAACUUUAAAUAAUAAUAGUAGUAGUAAUAACAAUAGCAGUAAUAAUAAAUAUAAACAAGAAAUUAUUAAAAGAGAUGAUUCACCAGAGACUAUACAACAUGAUAUUUUCAAGGAGAUCGAAGGUCAAGUGAUGAGUUGUAUCGAACAAGCACAUCUCGAUUUGAUUCCAAAGUUUGCUGAUUCGCCACUGCCUUGGGAUUACGAAACACACUUGGCACUGACAUCGUGCUCACCCUUUAUGUCACUGGUCUAUCCAAAGACGAUAUAUGCAACACUGUCACCACCGCUUGUCGCCUUCCAAAAGGUGUGGAAUUCAACGAUGCGUCGUAGUCGAUCACGUCAGAUCGCAGAGAUCAUCGACAACGACAACCAACUGAUCGAACUCACCACUGCCAAGUUUCUCGACCUUAUGUCAUCGCUCUCGAACUUCACUGCAACACCCUCACAAUCACAACAUAUCAAAUCACUGUGUACCGACUACUAUUUCAACAAAACGAUAGGACCAAUCAUCGAGUGUCUCUCGCAAUCUCUACGCUUCACAAAUCCCGUGCAAUUCAAAGUGAACAUCGAUCAAAUUCAAAGUGCACAACGUACAAAACUACAGCAAUUCGGUAGUAAUCUAUUUAUUUCAAUACAUUAUACAAUCGAUGAAGAGAGUUGCCAAAGAUUGAUAUCCUCUGCUAUAUGGCAUGCUACUUUACCAGAGAGUUCAGAUAACGAUACAGUUGUAGUAGACAUUGCCAAAUUAGAUUGGAAGAUUGCUUUCUUGUGUCCCUCUACAACAGGUUUAAUGGCAGUCGAACAAAUGGUACCACCACUUCAAAUAUUAUCAUCUAUUCCACCAAACAAUGACAACCACAACAACAACAACAACAACAAAAACAACAAUGAUAUUCAUAAAGAUGAUCAAACAAACAAACAAACUAACUAA